AUGGCCCAGAUCCCCAUGAUAUCGGUGCCUCUCAAGGCCACCAACGAGAUUGACUGGAUACACCCCCUGAAACACUACAUACAGCACACCUAUGGUGACGAUCCCGAGAGAUAUGCUGAGGAAUGCGCCACCUUGAACCGCCUCCGGCAGGAUAUGAGAGGCGCCGGCAAAGACAGCACCGCUGGGAGGGACCUGCUCUACAGAUAUUAUGGCCAGCUCGAGCUGCUCGACUUGCGCUUCCCCGUCGAUGAACAGCACAUCAAGAUCUCUUUCACAUGGUUCGAUGCUUUUACACACAAGCCCACCUCCCAGUACUCCUUAGCCUUCGAGAAAGCCUCCAUCAUAUUCAACAUUUCCGCCGUCCUAUCCUGUCAUGCCGCGAAUCAGCCCAGGUCGGAGGAGUCGGGCUUGAAGACCGCCUACCAUUCGUUCCAGGCGUCCGCCGGCAUGUUCAGUUACAUCAACGAGAACUUCCUCCAUGCACCGUCCGUGGAUCUGAGCCGUGAUACCGUCAAGACACUCAUCGCUAUCACGCUUGCCCAGGCCCAGGAGGUGUUCCUGGAGAAGCAGAUAGCUGACCAGAAGAAGGUUGGGCUUUUGGCCAAGCUUGCCAGUCAAGCAGGCACUCUAUAUAGCCAGUCUAUUGAGGGCGUCCAGGAGAACGUGACCAAGGCAAUUUUCGAGAAGGUUUGGCUUCUGAUGGUCCAGAUAAAAGCAAAUCUGUUGAACUCCAUGGCCCAUUACUUCCAGGCAUUGGCAGAUGACGAUGCUAAUGCCCAUGGUGUUGCGGUCGGUAGACUUCAAGCUGCUGAGACCCUGGCGAAGGAAGCAACCAAGGGGGCCUCGAGCUUUCCCGGAUUUGUCCCCCCAAGCUCGAAUCUCCAAGCGGACUGCGGCAGUCUCCUCGUUGAGCACACGAAGCGGCAUCUUUCGGCUGUCCAGGAGAAAUUGAAGGAGCUAGCCAAGGAUAAUGACUACAUUUAUCACCAGAAUGUUCCUCCAGAGGCUAGUCUUGCUCCAGUGGCCAAACUACCAGCCGCAAAACCCAUACCAGUCUCAGAGCUAUAUGCCGGCCAGGAUAUUCAGCGCAUCACCGGUCCUGACCUGUUCUCAAAAAUCGUACCCAUUGCGGUGACAGAAUCCGCGAGUCUGUAUGAUGAAGAGAAGGCGAAACUUAUCAGGGCAGAGACGGAACGUGUUGACUUGGCAAACAGCGAGAUGGCUGCGAGUUUGGAUUACCUGAGGCUCCCAGGAGCAUUGCAGGUGCUGAAAGGCGGAUUUGACCAUGACAUACUUCCGGACGAGGAUUUCCGUACCUGGUGCGACGAUGUCGCAGGACACGAGAACCCACGCCUGAUUUUCGAAACCCUGAGAUCCGAGAGAGAUUCCACCAUUUCCAUAUUGGACAAGUGCUCCCAGCAGUUGGACAUGGAAGAAGGCGUCUGCGAGAAGAUGCGUUCGAAAUACGACAGCGAAUGGACACAGCAACCCAGCGGGCGACUUACUACAACACUGAGGAGCGACGUUCGGAACUACCGCGAGGCUCUGAAUGAAGCCUCGAAGAGCGAUUCGCAGCUUGCCUCAAAGCUGGGACAAAACCAAGAUGUUUUUGACGAGAUGCGUUCUGCGGCUCAGCAUGGAGAAGUCGACGCGCUAUUUCAAAAGGUCGUCAGCAAGGUACGCGGGAAAUCAAGUGGUGUGGGAAGCCCUGCAACAGAGCCGAAUCUCCUGGAUGCAGAUUUCGAUGACAGUGGACCGAGUGUCAUGGACCAAAUUAAGAAGGUCGAGGAAACUUUGAAGAAGUUGAACUUGAUUAAAAGGGAGCGUAAUCAGGUCCACAACGACGACAUCUCCCAGAUUCUGAUUUUGAACAAGAAGUCGAUAGCAAACUACGAGAAUCAGCUUUUCCAACAGGAACUAGAAAAGUUCCGGCCCCACCAGACUCGUCUGCUUCAAGCAAACCACAAACAGUCAGCUCUGAUGAAAGAGCUUUCCAUGACAUUCAACAAUCUUUUGCAGGACAAACGCGUCAGGUCAGAGCAAAGCAAAUACGAGGCCAUUCAAAGGCAACGGGCCUCAGUUGUUGGGAAGUACAAGCGAGCGUAUCAGGAGUUUUUAGAUCUCGAGGCAGGCCUGCAGAGUGCAAAGAGAUGGUAUGCGGAGAUGAAGGAGACAGUCGAGAGCCUCGAGAAGAACGUGGAGUCUUUUGUCAACAACCGCCGUUCUGAAGGGGCUCAGCUCCUAAACCAGAUUGAGCAGGAGCGCGCUGCGAACAAGAUAUCAAGUACCAACCUCACCGCCACCUUCUCAGACCCAAAUGCCUCAAUAUCAAAGCCCCUACAACCCGAGCACAUACGGGCGCACGCCAGGACCUACAUCCCCUCCGCCGACGCAAACGAGUUUCGGGUCAGCCGCCGGCAUGCGACCUGGGCCUACAUCACCGCCGCCUACGCAGACAAGUUUUGGACAGUCUUCAAGGCCAUACAGCACCUAUGGAAAUCCUCUCGCCCCGACGGCGACGCCAUCGCAGAACGGUUCAUUACGGAGCAAGCAAUUAUGGAUAUCCGGCACAACAGCCGCCUCCUCAACAGCAACCGCAGAGUCAAGCAGACCCAUGGGCUGGCUUGA